AUGGCUCAGACAUACUCUACCGCCGAGGUUGGCAAGCACAAGGACAAGGACUCUGGCAUCUGGAUCAUCAUUGAGAACGACGUCUACGAUGUUUCCCAGUUCAUUGACGAGCACCCCGGCGGCCCCCGCGUCAUCCAGCGCUUCGCCGGCAAGAACGCCACCAAGGCCUUCUGGAAGUACCACGGCGACUCUGUCCUCGCCAAGUACGGCGACAAGUACAAGAUUGGCGCUGUUGAGGAGAGCGCCAAGCUGUAA